AUGGAAACAAAGUGUGGAAGAAAGAGGGUGGAGGAAGUGAGGAGUAAACUGGGAUUUGACUGCUGUUUUGUGGUAGAUAGCAGAGGUCUCAGUGGAGGCUUAGCUUUUAUGUGGAAAGACAGUAUGGAUUUCAAUUUAGAGAACUAUUCUCAAAGCCACAUUUUGAUGACCUUGUCUCACCAGGAGAGUAGACAGCAGAUAUUGCUUAUUGGCUUCUAUGGUUCUCCUGAAACAGCAAAAAGAGGGGACAGUUGGAAGUUGUUGAAGAUGAUUAGUCCUAAAGAGAACAAACCAUGGCUAUGCUUUGGAGACUUUAAUGAGAUCUUGCAUCACCAUGAAAAGGUAGGUGCAGCCAGUAGACAAAAUUCUCAAAUGGAAGCAUUUAGAAGUGUUGUGGAGUGGUGUGGCCUAAGUGACCAAGGUUAUGAAGGCUCAAAAUACACCUGGAGCAAUAAUAGAGAGGGAGUCCAAUUCACCAAAGAAAGGCUGGAUAGAGUCCUGGGAAACUUGCUGUGGACUAGUCUGUUUUGUGAAUGCAGUGUCAGUGCUCUAGUAGCUCAAACCUCUGACCACUGCCCCUUAUUGAUCAAUGCAAGAAGAAGUAUAAGGUGGGGACCAUUUGUAAGACAAAAAGAGAGAAGAUAUUCAGAUUCGAGAUGCAAGACUCGAACAAAUACAGCAGCUAUCAAGGCCCUAAAAAAGGUAAUUGACAAAGCUCUAGAGGAAGAGAAUUUGAAAUGGCAACAGAGGGCAAAACAGGCAUGGCUCAAAGAUGGAGACAGAAACUCUAAGUACUUCCACAGAGUGGAUAGAGAGAUGAACUCCAAGCUAUCCAAACAGUUUACAGCAGAAGAAGUAAAGGCUGCUCUUUUUCAGAUGAACCCUAUGGGUGCUCCUGGCCCAGAUAGAUUUCCAGCCUUGUUCUACCAGUCUCAUUGGGAAGUUGUAGGAGAAGUUGUAGGAGAAGUUGUAGGAGAGGAUGUCACUAAAGCAGCCUUGGAAAUCUUAAAUGAAGGUGGUGAGAUUGCUCCUAUUAAUAAUACCUUCAUUGUCUUAAUACCAAAAAUAAAAAAUCCUCAGAAAGUUUUGGAAUUUAGGCCUAUCUCCCUCUGCCAUGUCAUCUACAAAGUGGUCUCAAAAGUUCUCUCCAACAGGCUGAAGGAGAUCCUUCCUCUCAUCAUUGCCCCUACACAAAGUGCUUUUAUUCACGGGAGGAUGAUCCUUGAUAAUGUCAUUGUAGCCUUUAAAACACUUCACUCUAUGUCCACUAAAGGCAAAGGGCAGCAAGGUUACAUGGCUAUUAAGUUGGACAUGAGCAAGACCUAUGAUAGGGUGGAGUGGGAGUUCUUGAGGAAGGUCAUGGCAAAAAUGGGAUUCAAUAAUAGAUGGAUAAGACUAGUUAUGCAAUGUGUCUCUACUGUAUCCUACUCUAUCCUUGUUAAUGGAAAUACUCAAGGCAGCUUCAGUCCUUCAAGAGGCAUUAGACAGGGAGAUCCCUUCUCUCCCUACUUGUUCAUUUUGGUUGCUGAGGUGUUAAGCAGUUUGUUGAACCAUGCUGAAGCCUUCAAAGUGAUUCACGGCUUUCCAAUUUGCAGGGGGAAACUCAGCAUCAACUAUUUAUUUUUUGCGGAUGACAGUACUAGAUCUUCAUCUUGUUAUGAAAAGUAUCUUGGAUUACCAGCUCUCAUAAGUAGAUCCAAGAAUGCUGCCUUCAAGAGUAUCAUCAACAGAAUCAAGUCAAGAGUAGGAAAUUGGAAAAAUAAGUUCCUCUCUCAUGCAGGCAACGAAAUACUCCUUAAGGAUGUGGUACAGGCCCUCCCUACUUAUUGCAUGGGGGUCUUCAAAAUGCCUAAAUCCUUGUUAAGUGAUAUUAACAGAGUCAUGCAUCAUUUAUGGUGGGGCCAUCUACAAAAUGAAAGAAAGAUGCACUGGGUGUCUUGGGGACUGAUGGGAAGAUCGAAAGCUACAGGAGGGCUGGGGUUUAGAGACCUUAAGGUUUUUAACUUGGCAUUGUUGGCAAAGCAAGGGUGGAGACUUGUUCAAUACCCUAACUCUCUAGCUGCUCAAGUCCUUAAAGUGAAGUAUCAUCCAGAACAUGAUUUCCUCCAAGCCAAGGUGGGAAACAGGCCAUCCUUCAUAUGGAGAAGCUUCUGUGCUGCAAAAGGACUACUGGUUAAAGGCUCAUUGUGGCGUAUUGGAAAUGGUCAUAAAACCAGAAUAUGGAAGGACAGGUGGCUGCCUCAACCUACUACAUACAUGGUUCAAUCUCCAGUACAUAUUCUUCAGGAAGAUGAUAAAGUGGAAAGGCUGAUAAACAGUGAGACUAAGCAGUGGGAUAGAGGCUUGAUUUCAGAUGCUUUUGAUUCUGAUACAGCUGCAAUGGUACUAAAAAUUCCCAUCAGUUCCUCGGGUAUUGAAGAUAAACUAAUUUGGCUGGGCACCAAAGAUGGUUCAUUCACUGUCAAAAGUGCUUAUCAUAUGCAGAAAGAGUCUAUCGAAAUGCAUAGAGGGCAGUCAUCAAGAGGGACAAAGAAACAGAGAAGCUGGUUUGAAUGUUGGAAGAUUCAGGUUCCUAAUACCACUAAGACUUUCCUAUGGCGUGCAUGCCUUGAGGCACUUCCCACCAUGCUCAACCUUUUCAAGAAAAAGAUAGUGGAUUCUCCUAUGUGCCCCAUCUGCUGCAGAGAAGAGGAGACCACCACCCAUGCCCUAUGGAGUUGCAGUUCUGCCAUGUAUGUUUGGAGUCAAGGUCAUAUCUUUUUUCAAAAAAUCACCCUGAGGGAAGUCAGCUUUAAAGAGUUGUACGAACAUCUCACUGUGCUGUGUGAUAGGGAAUUGCUUGAACUGUUCUCAGUCAUUGCCAGGAGCAUAUGGUUAAGAAGGAACAAGCUUCUGUUUGAGGGGUCAUUUUUGCACGCAAACCUGCUAUUGAGACAGGCAUCCCAGUCCCUAGAAGAGUUCAAGACAGCUCAAGCUAGCAAGGUGGUUACAACUCAAGUGGCCUCUAUUCAUCCCUCGAUGUGGAUCCCUCCUCCAAUAGCUUGGGUCAAAAUAAACUGGGAUGCUGCUGUGAAUGUGGCUCAAGGUAGAAUUGGAAUAGGUCUGGUGGCCCGAGACCAUGAGGGUUCCAUUUUGGCCACAAAGAAGCUCUCUGUCUCUAGCUUGGCUGAACCUGUAUUGGCUGAAGCCUUAGGAGCUUUUCAUGCUGCUUCCUUGGCAAAGGAAUUGGAGUUGAACUCAGUUGUCUUGGAAGGAGAUGCACUCCAGAUUGUGAAUGGGGUCAACCACCAUGUUGAAAGGUGGGAUAGAGUGGGUAUGGUUUUGUUGGACACUAGGAUGAUACUCUCUAGUUUGGUCCAGUGGAAAGUAGCUUUUGUUAGGAGGAGUGGUAACCAGUUUGCUCAUUGUCUAGCUAAGGAAUCCUUAGAACUAGCUGAGAGCUUGGUUGAGUUGGUCGUUAGACCUCUUUGUAAUCAUGUUCCAUCUUUCCCUUGA